AUGCUUAGUAUCUUCAACAAAACCUCCGGUGACUCUGCUCAAAGUUUCGGUGGCCGGUGCGCCGCCGUGCAAAACCGAAAGUCAUUAUCAAAAGAAACCCUAAUCCGAAUCGCAACUUUUAAUGUCGCUUUGUUCUCCAUGGCACUAGUAGUUUCAGAAUUGACUGAAAAAACUUCAAGCUUUGACUAUGGAGAAGACAAACAAGAUUACAGUAGUAAGGUACCAUCAAAUUGCUCUGUUUCUUACACCAAUUCAAGAUCAAAAUCAAUGAUUGAUCGUCCCAAAAGUAUAUUAAAGCAAUCACCAUUGCAUUCAAGCAGCUCCAUGAGCAGUUCAGAAACUGUAUCAAAACAGCAGAAAUUCGCAGAAUCAAAGCUAAUAGUUUCAAUCAAUUUACCCGAUAAUGAGAUCUCACUGAAGCGAAGUAGGCAUUUAAGCUUCGCCAUAGACGAAACGGAAGAAGGCCCGAGUUCAAAAAAUAUUAAUUCGAAAUGUAUAAGUAGGAUUUUGAAAAGGAAAGGUGUUUUAAGAUCACAAAACAGUUUUUAUUCAAAAGAAUCUGAAAAUCAAAGAGGGAAAUGUUAUAGGUCAACGAAAACUUUUCUUGAAGUUUUGAAAGAAUUGGAUGCAGAUAUAUUAGCUUUACAGGAUUCUUCCUCAAAUCUCGGUCCCUUGAUUAGCUGUGAUUUGGGUUUCAAAAUCCCUAUUUCUCUCCCUUCAAUUCUUCGAUGGCGGAACAAGAGGAGGAAACGAUGGCAAAAUUUGAAGUGGAUGACAGACCGAUUGGGAGAGAGAAGAACAUCAAUCGACCAGGGUCUUCCACCACCUCUCUCGCUGCCGCCUCAAGCAGAUAUCGCUCUUCUCAACAUAGACAUCGACAUCUGUUCUUCAUUUUUUAUCGAACCCAAAAUCCUUCUUCCCCCAAAAAGUAAUGUUUUCACUUUGGAUGUGAAUGAAGAUUAUUAAGAUUUUAUAUAAUGGUAAUUAGAUGUAUACCCUGUUUGUGAGUUGAUAUAGAAGCCAUACUUUUGCUUUGAUGAGUUAAGUGAAAAAAAAAUACAGAGAUACUUGAUAAUAGUAGAGAGGUAGAUGCAGCGAAAUUAAUAAGGUAGUAGACUAUGAAUACUGUGAAUCCACCAUGCAUUGAACUUGGCUUUAAAUUAUAAAUGGGUGGUGGACUGGGUACAAUUAUGUUUUUUACAUCCUUACUUCUAAACACGGUAAGCAACUUACACUUUUGUUCUCCAUUAUGUAAAUGUAAGUUGUCAAUUUAUCUCACUAAGUUUGCUAGUGUUUCUGCUCAAUGAAGCACUUAGUGUGAUAAGCAGAAAUAUCUAUGCAAUCUGGAGAGAAUUAUUGUACACCAGAGAGGAUACACGGUGAAGGCGAAGUUUUAUCACAAUCUGUUGCUGUCGGAUGCUCCAAUUUGGUUGAUUUUCCCUUAGGCAAAAUAUGGACGAUUAUACCCCUGUUUACAAAAUGGAUGGUCUGAAAGAUUGUCAAUAUCAUUGGAUGGUAAUUUGGUGAAUGUUAAAGAUUAGGUUUAAUUUGAAGGCGUUGGAAGUAUCAAAAAAAAGUGCUAAUCACCCGAUGAAAGUUUUGGACAAUUUUACCCCAAGGUUAGUAUGAAGACAUAGUUUCUACAUGCUUCUAUUUACCAUCAGCAAUUCAUUGUUUCUGUUGGGUGUCGAUGGGGAAUCAAAUUGAUAUUAUCACAACCAUGGAAAUACAUUGCUAUUAUUUGGAUAUUUAACUUCAAGUCACAAUAAAGAUGUUGCAAGUUUUAAUGUGUUGUGUCCUCAAUGCUAUGGUGCUUGGUGAUUUUGGUGUUCCCUAAUUCAUCCGGUGCUUAAAAAAACGAGCUAAAUGAUAGAUUAAUCAUUUAAUGUAUCAAAAUUAUUAAAUUGCUUAUCAUUUUUUCACUGUUUUCUUAGUCGUUGUAUAUGGAAAACUCAAUGUCCCUGUGUUCCUUUAACUUUCAUUUUUCAACAAUC